CUUACUCCCUUGAGAGGAUCACAAGUUGGGUUGCCAGGUGUCAAUGGUCUCUCGACUGAGCAGCGCAAGAGGUUAACAAUUGCAGUCGAGCUCGUAGCGAACCCUUCGAUAAUAUUCAUGGACGAACCAACUUCAGGGCUUGAUGCUAGAGCUGCUGCAAUUGUGAUGAGAACAGUCAGGAAUACAGUAAACACAGGAAGAACAGUUGUGUGUACCAUCCAUCAGCCCAGUAUUGAUAUUUUUGAGGCAUUUGAUGAGCUAUUUUUAAUGAAACGAGGAGGACAAGAGAUAUACGUUGGUCCUUUGGGUCAUCAAUCGUCUCAAUUGAUCAAGUACUUUGAGGAGGUUCCAGGAGUACCUAAAAUCAAAGAUGGUUAUAAUCCCGCAACUUGGAUGUUGGAAGUUUCUGCUUCAUCACAAGAACAAAUGUUGGGGGUCGAUUUUGCUGAAGUAUACAAAAACUCAGACCUCUAUAGGAGGAACAAAGCACUUAUUCAGGAAUUAAGUGUGCCUCGGCCGGGUACAAAAGACCUUUACUUCCCGACUCAAUACUCGCAAUCUUUCCUCGUCCAAUGCAUGGCUUGUCUGUGGAAACAACACUGGUCAUACUGGCGGAAUCCACCUUAUACAGCUGUCAGAUUUUUGUUCACGACCUUCAUAGCCCUCAUUUUCGGGACAAUGUUCUGGGAUCUUGGCUCUAAAUGGAAUACGCAGCAGGAUCUGAUUAACGCUAUGGGUUGUAUGUACGCCGCUAUCAUCUUUUUGGGAUCUCAAUACGGGUCAACAGUACAACCUGUGGUGGCCGUUGAACGAACUGUCUUCUAUAGAGAAAAAGCAGCUGGAAUGUAUUCAGCCUUACCGUAUGCAUUUGCACAGGUUCUAAUUGAAGUUCCCUACGUCUUCGUACAAACACUUGUAUAUGGUCUUAUUGUCUAUGCUAUGAUGGGACUCGAUUGGACAGCUGAAAAAUUCUUCUGGUUCUUAUUUUUCUUCUUCUUCUCGUUGAUGUACUUCGUCCUCUAUGGAAUGAUGACUGUGGCCGUCACUCCUAAUCACAACAUUGCUGCCAUUAUCUCGUCUUUCUUCUAUGCAAUUUGGAAUCUCUUUUCUGGAUUUAUCGUCCCACGACCUAGGAUCCCUAUCUGGUGGAGAUGGUAUUACUGGGCAACUCCAGUUGCUUAUACCUUGUAUGGUAUAAUAGUAUCACAAUUUGGAGAGAUUCAGGAUGUCAUGGACUCUGGUAGUACAGUAGAAGAAUUCUUAAAAGAUUACUUUGGGUUCGAACGCAGUUUUCUUGGAGCCACUGCUGGAAUAAUUCUUGCUUUCGAUGUCCUUUUUGCCUUCAUCUUUGCCUAUUCUAUCAAGGCAUUCAACUUCCAAAGGAGAUAAAAGAUGGUCUCAAUUCCACAAGAAUUUGUUAGUUUAUUACACUCAGUCCUAUAUCAUAAAGUUUUUCAUGUGUAUUAUGUGUUUUACUCGUAUAAUUUACCUUGUAACAAUACGUUUGUUUUUCUCUUUAAAUUGAAUAAUAUCAUGUAUUUUUCUAGUUUUUGUAAUGUAUAUGGGCAUAAUCUUGCUUAUAGAAUCAAUGAAAAAUAAGGAAUUUCCGAAUCUCA